AUGGCCAAGUACAACCCAAACUUUCCAACGGUGUUGUCCGCAGAUGCGUCGUCGUAUGGUCUUGGCGGCGUGCUUUCACAAGUUCAACGAAACGGAGAACUGAAACCAGUUGCCUACGCAUCUCGCAGUCUGAACAGCGCCGAGUCUCGUUACUCUCAGGUGGAGAAGGAAGCACUAGCAUUGACUUGGGCGGCAGAAAAGUUCGAAUACAUUCGGGGCCUUCGGUUCAAGUUCGAAACCGACCAUAAGCCACUCCUACCGCUCCUUGGGGAUCAGCAACUGGAUCAAGUACCUCCAAGAGUACAGAGAUCUCGUCUGCGUCUGAUGCGGUAUGAUUACGACAUAACGUACGUACCAGGAAAGUCUCUAGUCACAGCAGACGCUCUUUCCCGCCCGCCUUUGCGAGAUCUUGCCACUGGCCUCAUCGUCGACGACGCUACUUCGUAUGUCCAGGUAGCAAUUGACAUGAUUCCCGCGUCGGAUAAAAUGCUGAGCCGUAUUCGCGAAGCUCAGAAACACGACACUGUUUGCAGAGCACUUCGAGAAUACUGCGAAUAUGGGAGGCCGCCGGACAGUAUGCUCCAGCAGGAACUGCAAAGGUACCAUGAGUACACGCCCAGGCUUUCUGUAAGCGAAGAUCUCCUGUUAUGUGGACAACGCAUUGUGAUCCCCACUUCUUUGAGAGCAGAAAUACUUUGUCACAUUCACGAAGGGCAUCAGGGAAUCUCCUGGUGCAGAGAAAAGGCAAAGGACUGCGUUUGGUGGCCUGGCCUAAGCAAGGAGCUGGCAGACAUUGUCAAACCCUGCCCUGUCUGUCAAGAAUAUACGAUACAGCCUUCAGAACCCAUGGUUCCCACAGAGACACCAUUGCUGCCUUGGGACAAGGUAGCGGUGGAUCUGUUCCACCUUGGCGGAAAGGAGUAUGUACUGGUGGUGGACUACCGCUCAAGAUUCCCGGAAGUGUCACAACUAACGGACGACUGGUCAUCACGGGCAGUCAUUCUGCGGUUGAAGUCCAUUUUUGCUAGGCACGGCAUUCCCCGUGAAGUGGUGACCGAUAAUGGCCCUCAAUUUUCCGGAGAAGAAUUCAAAAGAUUCGCACAGCUUUACGGUUUCAUACACACGACCACUAGCCCUUCUUUUCCUCAAGCAAACGGACAGGUCGAGAGAACUGUCAGAACCGUCAAACUGCUGAUUCAAAUGUCAGACGAUCCUCAUCUCGCAUUGUUGAAUUACAGAAACACCCCAGCGUUCUCGGGAAGAAGCCCAGCGCAGAUACUGAUGGGGCGUCGUCUGCGAAGUAGUGUCCCGCAACACCCUCUGCAGUUACUACCCGCUCGGGAAGAACCACGUUGGGACGAAAAGAACAAGCACAAAAAGGAGAAACAGAAACGAACUUUCGACCGCAGACAUCGGGCUCGUGGACUACCACCCCUAGAAAACGACGACGUUGUCUGGUUACCCUAG